CUCCGCCAGCCUCUGGGAGAGGAGCCGCGCCCGGCCGGCCCGGCCCCCAGCCCCAUGGACCUCCGAGCAGGGGACUCGUGGGGGAUGUUAGCUUGCCUAUGCACGGUGCUCUGGCACCUCCCUGCAGUGCCAGCUCUUAAUCGCACAGGAGAUCCAGGGCCUGGCCCCUCCAUCCAGAAAACCUAUGACCUCACCCGCUACCUGGAGCACCAACUCCGCAACUUGGCUGGGACCUAUCUGAACUACCUGGGGCCCCCUUUCAACGAGCCUGACUUCAAUCCUCCUCGGUUGGGGGCCGAGACCCUGCCCAAGGCCACUGUCAACUUGGAAGUGUGGCGAAGCCUCAGUGACAAGCUGCGGCUGACCCAGAACUAUGAGGCCUACAGCCACCUCCUGUGUUACUUGCGUGGCCUCAACCGGCAAGCUGCCACAGCCGAACUCCGGCGCAGUCUGGCCCAUUUCUGUACCAGUCUCCAGGGCCUGCUGGGCAGUAUCGCAGGUGUCAUGGCAGCUCUUGGCUACCCACUGCCCCAGCCUCUGCCAGGGACUGAGCCAGCCUGGGCCCCUGGCCCUGCCCACAGUGACUUCCUCCAGAAGAUGGAUGACUUCUGGCUUCUGAAGGAGCUGCAGACCUGGCUGUGGCGUUCAGCCAAGGACUUCAACCGGCUUAAGAAGAAGAUGCAACCUCCGACAGCUUCAGUCACCCUGCACUUGGAGGCCCGUGGCUUCUGAUUUCUGACCCUUAACUCCCCCAAUCCCCUGCCCCAGUCAGCUGUGUUUCCAUUCUGGGGUGGGAAAAAAACAAAAACAAAAAAACAAAAAAACACACCUGUAUACCAACAUUUGUUGAGCCAGGAAACAGACAGUGGGAACUCUGUCCUCCUCUGCCUUGGAUGGGGAGUGUAACUUGAUAAGCCCUGUCCCCUGACCAGCUCCUAGAGUCCUAGGGUCUGGGGAAAAGGUGAAGUGGGCAUUAUCCUGUUUCCACAGAGGUAACGCUUGAGGGAGUCAGUGGCUCAGGUGGGUAUAAAGGUGCUCCCUGCCUCCUGCUUUCUGCCUGCCACUUGCCAGUGCCCACUCAGUUCCUCGUGUGGCACCUGCAGAAGCACACCUGGAGGGCAUGGGUGGGGGUCGCUGUAGCUUGUGCCUUUCUGGGGUAAAGCCCCCGGCUCCUUUCCCUCUCCUUGGAUGGGUGUUGCUCCCCUACCCCAAUAACUACAUAUCCAGUUCAGGAAACAAGGUGGCCAGUCUAAAGAAGGGUCUGAUAGAAAGUGAGGAGGUAGGGUCUGUGCUGGAGGUGGUCUAGAAACCAGAAGAUGUAAUACUAAGAGAGAAGGGCAGGGACAGACCAGGCCCAGCAGUCGCCAAGGCCGUUGGUGGCACAGGGCCGAAAACAAAAGCCAUGUGGAGCAUCAGGACCUCGCCUUGAAUUGUCUUGCCGGCAUCUCGGUGCCUCCUUCCUCCCCACCCCUUUCCCAGGGUAUCUGUGGUUGCCUGGGCUGGGGAGGGCAGCCACAGCCACAGGGGUUCCUGAAAGUUUACAUUGCAGUAGCAUUGUGGGGUGAGGGGGAUGGCUCC